AUGGCAGGAGGUGGAGCGUCAGGAUCUAAGCGAGGCGGCGGAGGUGCUGGAGGCAAGAAAAAGUUCUACUCGACUUUAAAUACAAAAAGCAAGGCGGGCUCUUUCAAGGCUGGUAUAGAAAACAAAACAGCUGGUAUCCUGAUUUCAUGUGCUCAAGGCAAAGAAACGAAAGCUGCUACCGAGAUCAGGAAUUGGUUGAAAGAGAUUGCAGACAGGCUGUACGGUCCAGAAGAAGCAGCCGAGGAAGCUGACACGAAAGAUGGGGAUGUCGAAAAGGCUCUACAAGCUGAAUUGGACGGGCUCAAGAAAGAGAGGAGGGAAUGGAGGUUUCAGCAAGUGCUUAUGAAGUCUGAUUCUAUGAUAUACUUUAAGACAAUCGCACCCGUCAAUCCCGUUGAAGUGGUCACAGAACUGAUGGAGAGCGUCUUGAAGACCGGCUCAAAGAGAUCUCGUCAUUGCAUUCGUAUAAUACCGAUUCAAGAGACUUGUUACGCGUCAGUGGAAGAGAUAUCCAAAGUCGUCAGCAAGCUUGCUAAACCUGUUUUCGAUGUUGACGGUGAUGAGACUGUUAUAAAGUGGGCACUCGUACAAAAAGUCCGCUCACAUGCAGCUCUGACAGGAGAGAUGCUCAUAGAAUCGAUACCUGGUCUGAUUCCCAAAAGGCAUAAAGUAGAUUUGACUACCCCUGAAGUGUGUAUCGUCGUUGAAGUUGUCAAGACCACCGCCUGCAUCAGCAUACUACGAAACUUCAAACGCUUCAAACGCUUCAACUUACGCUCCAUAUGGGACGACAUGCAUCCAGACGAGAAGGCAGCCAUUGAAGCUGAAAAAGCCGCCAAAAAAAAGGAAAGAUCUGCACGUGGCGAGGAGGUUUGGAGAACGGGCAAGAAAUUUGACGGUAAAGCUAAAAAGGGCAAGGGUGUUGAAGCUGAAGCUGAUGAUGAUUCGGAUGACGAUGAUGAAGAGGUGGAAGCAUCGACCAAGAAUGGAUCUAAACGAGGUGCUGAUGAAGAGGGCGUUGAGGAUGAUGAUGCCAAGGAGGAGGACCAUAGAGAUAAACGUGUCAAAGAGGAUGUAAAAGAGGAUGUUGCAGAGUAG